UAUCACAUCCCAGUGUUUGGGUCAGGAUUUGCCUUUCCUGAGCAAAAUCUGACACCGUCGGCGUCUGACGCGCGGAAAACCAGACCUCUUUAUCUUUAAAUGUACAUGACCUUGUCUUACAUGUUCAGUCCUUAGAGAAAAGAGAAUACAAUGUCUUCUUAGAUUCUGGAGUCUUCCUCGUCAUGUCCUCGCCGGGCCGCCCCUCCACUUGAAUGGGAUCUGCUCGCGUCCUGGACUCGUCUUCUGGCACCGACGGUCUCCUCCGCUCCCGUGUCUCCUCCUCCGGUGUAAAUGCUCGGUUGGCUCUCGCUCUCUCUCACACACUUUCGUCACUUCGUUGGUGGUUUGAUGCGGAAUCCGUUUGUGUGAUCGGUUUGGAAGAGACGACGCCAAAGCUCCGGUGGAACCUGCGCGUCAGGGCAUAGGCUUUGGCCAUGGGAGGAUCGAAGAGUAAACCCAAGGAGUCGGGCCAGCGACCCCGCAGCCUCGAUGGAAACCACAGCUCUGGAGGAGGAAUCGGUGGCCACCACCUCAACUCCAAUCAACAGUCGUUGACACCCAAUCGUAGCCCCGCUAUGGAUGGAGGCCUCGGUGGCAGUCCGGGUAAUGCAGAGCUAGCUCUGUUUGGAGGGGUGGACAAUAACAGCAUCACCUCUCCCAACAGAAUCACACUGGCAGGAGGUGUGACGACCUUCGUGGCACUGUAUGACUACGAGUCCAGAACGGCCUCGGAUCUGUCUUUCAGGAAAGGCGAGCGUCUCCAGAUCGUCAACAACACAGAAGGGGACUGGUGGCUGGCACGCUCCCUGACCACCGGAGAGAGCGGUUAUAUCCCCAGCAAUUAUGUGGCUCCAUCUGACUCCAUCCAGGCAGAAGAGUGGUACUUUGGCAAAAUCACGCGCCGCGACUCUGAGAGGCUGCUGCUGAGUUUAGAGAACAGGAGAGGAACGUUCCUGGUGAGAGAGAGCGAGACCACCAAAGGUGCCUACUGUCUCUCUGUGUUAGACUACGACAACACAAAAGGUCUGAAUGUGAAGCACUACAAGAUCAGGAAGCUGGACAGCGGAGGCUUCUACAUAACAUCACGCACACAGUUCGGCAGCCUGCAGCAGCUCGUCAAUCACUAUCGCAGUGAGUUCACCACACAGCCUUUCUAUUUUAUAACAAUUCUCUCAUUUUCUUGUUAUAGUAUUUUGUAUUUUUUGUGUUUUGUGUGCAUUUUCAUACAUUUUUUUUUUAAAUGUGUACCCUGUCUUCACUUGUGUCCCUCAGAGCACGCUGACGGGCUGUGUCACAGUCUCACAGACAUUUGUCCCGUGCUGAAGCCUCAGACUCAGGGCUUGUCCAAAGAUGCCUGGGAGAUCCCGAGGGAAUCGCUCCGUCUUGACGUCAAGCUUGGACAGGGCUGCUUUGGAGAAGUCUGGAUGGGAACAUGGAACGGUACAACACGUGUGGCGAUCAAGACCUUGAAGCCCGGCACCAUGUCCCCGGAGGCUUUCCUCCAGGAGGCCCAGGUCAUGAAGAAGCUGAGACACGAGAAGCUGGUUCAGCUCUAUGCUGUGGUGUCGGAGGAACCCAUCUACAUCGUCACUGAGUACAUGGGGCAAGGUAGCUUACUGGAUUCCCUGAAGGGUGACAUGGGUAAGAUGCUCCGCCUACCUCAACUGGUGGACAUGGCAGCACAGAUUGCCUCAGGGAUGGCAUAUGUGGAGAGGAUGAACUAUGUGCACAGAGACCUCAGAGCUGCUAACAUCCUGGUGGGAGAUAACCUGGUUUGCAAAGUUGCUGACUUUGGCCUCGCUCGUCUCAUUGAGGAUAAUGAAUACACGGCUAGGCAGGGAGCCAAGUUUCCCAUUAAGUGGACAGCUCCUGAGGCUGCACUCUAUGGUCGUUUCACCAUUAAAUCGGAUGUCUGGUCUUUUGGGAUCCUGCUGACUGAACUGGCUACAAAAGGCAGAGUGCCCUAUCCAGGUAUGGUGAACCGAGAGGUGUUGGACCAGGUAGAGCGUGGUUACAGGAUGCCAUGCCCGGCAGAUUGUCCCGAAUCCAUGCAUGAGCUGAUGCUGACCUGCUGGAGGAAAGAGGCAGAGGAGAGGCCCACCUUUGAGUACCUGCAGGGCUUCCUGGAGGACUACUUCACCUCCACAGAGCCUCAGUACCAGCCAGGCGAGAACCUGUAACCGGGCCCAACACAGAUAUGUGCAUGUGUUAUAUGCAUGCACAAAAGUGAGCAUGUGCAUUUGCUGUAGAGUGCAUGGACAUUGAGUACUUUAUAUUCGAGGGAGUGUGUGUAAAAACAUAACGGAGUUUGGGUCCAGUCAAUAACUCUGACAUUAAGGAAUGGGACGUCACGACAGUCACACUCUUCUUCACUUCUUGCCUCUUCCCAGAGUCACUGUCCGAUUCCUCGUCCUGUCGGCUAAUAAAGGAAAGGGCUGGUAUUGUUAUGCAACUUUUUUGUCUGUCAAUCAAAUCGACACUAUUCAGCCAAGCAGGUUUCCCGAUGUGUCUGUCGCACGUAUGCCCGUUCUUUAUUAAUUCACUCUUGUAGUUUAGCACUUUCAACACUGUGGCUGGAAAGACUUCAACCACACAAUAAACUUAAGAUACAGAAGUAUUUUCCUGCUGAAAGCUACACUACAGGAUCUAUUUUUUACUACAUUUUCUAUUGGGAUCCAAUCAAAACACAAGCGCGCUCAGACCUUGUCUUCCAUUUUGCCACUUGAGAAGCAACCGUACAAUAAAUUUCUACGAUAUUUUUUGGUGGAUAUUGUUGUUGUUGUUAUUAGACCUGGAGGAACUGUCGACGACGUUAUAACAGUGCUUCCCCACCGCCCCGUGCAUCACUGAGACAGGUUAAGACAAACACUGGUAUGAGAUUCUCAAUAAGGCUCUAACAGCCGUGGGUCCUGUGUGAUCCCAGUCGCCAGUUGGUUUAUUGCUGUGAACAACGUACAUCUUGAAUCUUGACUUUACAGAAGAGGCGAGGCAGAGUUUGUCUCUCCAUUUUCUAAUUGUGACUUUUUCUUACAAGCAAAAUGCUACUGAUCACAAGAGGGUGGAGAAUUUUACAGCAAGGUUAUUUUUUUUUGUCUAUUUUACUGUUCUGAACUGUUCUGAAUUCUGAUUUGUGUAAGCAGAGGAUGUGAUGUUCCCCAGAAAAGAUAAUCCAGUGCUUUGACAUCCUGCACCUGCUGGCUCACCACCGAAGUUUCAAGGCUUGAAACUGAAAUGAUUUCACGUUCGUUAACAUGAAGAUUUGUAUUUCUAUUCGGCCUUCUUUUGUUUUCUGUGAGUACAGUCUUACACUGGAGAUGCUUUGUUUCCGUCAGUUCCUGCAGCCUGCAGGGUCAGACCACACGGUAUGCCCACAAACCGCAUGCGUAGCAGAUAAACUGCCAUCUUGAAACUUAAAUGUAAAUAUUUUUUUAAUUGUUUUUGUAUAUAUCAUCUAUGUAAUUUAUUAAUUUUUUUUUUUUGUUAAAGAAAAGCCCAGUUGUUUAUUUUGCUGUCAUUCAAAAUUAAAUGUUCAUGGUACUUUUAUGGGUUAAAUAUCUGACAGUAAUGGUUUAAAAUGAAUAUAUAAAUAUAAACAACUUUUUGGUUUCGAGUAUUUGUGCAUGUUUUUCUGUAAACCUAUCUUGGUUGUACAAUUUAAAUAUUACUCACCCAACUGAUCCAUAUCCCACUGUUCACCAGGAAAAUAGAUAAUACUGACGAUACAAUCAACACUUUGCUGUUUUUGAUUCAGUGAUCACGUCGGUGCCGCUUCUCAGGCCAGCAAACAAUCAACUUAUCAACUGUCUUUUCAGAUAUUUCUGUUUCUUUCUGAGCUCACUCAAUCCCUAUGGUGUGUGUGUGUGUGUGUUUAUGUGUCACAUCUAUACAUCUGUGCUCUGUUUUAUAAAACACUUCUACUCAGAAGAUAACGUGACUGCCUCAAAUGAAAGUAGCCUGAUUGUUUGUGUUGUGUCUACUCUGUCCUGUGGACAUGGGUUAUUCCACAAGAAAAGGCAUUGAUCUGAAAGGAUGUAGUCUGGUUGUCCAGCAUCAUCCUCUUCUUCCUCAGACCGGUGUCAGUGAACGAUACAUGGCAAAGGUGCACAUAAGGGGUCAUGCUGUCUGUGUGCGGCCUUGCUUCUCAGCCAAGGACAUUUCCUGUGGGGUUCCUUUCUGGCUAUGCAUAUAUAAAUAUAUAUAAUUUUUAUAUAAUUUUUUUUCCCUGUAAUAUUACAAUAUACUGUAUAUUUACUUUUUUAUUCAAUGGGAAUUUUCUGAUAUAAAAAAAAGUUCUUUGAUAAAUCCUAAGGAACACUGUUCACACAUUUGAAAGGUUGUUUGAAUAAAAGUUGAAUUUUA